AGACAAGAGAGCAAUCAAUACUAAUAUAACCAUAUUGGUCACAUUGGUGAUACUUAUUCUGGAGGCAGUUUCUAUAGAAAUGUCCUGGUUGAGUACAGGUUUUACAAAGAUCUCACUUAGAGAUUUAGUAAGAGCAAUAAGCAGAGAUAU